UUUUGUUAUUCGUCAGAUAUGUUCUUUCCAUGAAUUCAUCGCUGAUCUGCUUGAUGGAGUAGCAAAAAUCCACUUUCAUUAUUUUCUUAACUCUUGUUACUCCAGGCUGUGUUACGUGAAUGCAGUAGCCCUUGUAAAUUGCCCUGGCCCUUGUAUCAUGAAUUAAGAUCCAUGGUAGAGUUUGUAUCUUGAGGUAUCAAUCUCAGUUGCACAGUAAAAUACCCAUAAUAACUUUCGUUGGAUUAUGGUCAUGUAGUAUGACUUUAAGAUUUCAGACUGACUUGUCAGGAUUAUUAGUGAUCAAAACCCGUUCACUUAUUGGCUUAGCAAACUGAAUUGGGGCAGUAAGCUUUUAUUCUUGUUUUCCUUUCCUUUCUCUACAACUGAACUGUUCAGACUACAAAUUCUGAGAAUGCUGGCAUGCUCAAGCUGGGAUGUUCAAGAUUUACAUUAAACAUCAGUAGGUUCCUAUAAUUUCAGAAGGGCAUCUUUAUCCUACAGUUUUGCAUACUAUUCGGGGUAGAAUAACGAGAAAAACAUCCAGGAAGGCCACAGCUACAGCACAACAGAAGCCAGUAGACUUACUGACUGGCAACCAUGUCGGUCAAACUCACAUUUGUCUCUCCUGCUGAUGGGGGUGGUAUCAGCAGGAGUUGUUCCUUCACUGGAUUCAGCACUGUGCAAAGCAGAAAAUUAGCAAAAUCUCUCAGCAGAAGUUCAGUGAGAUCAAGAAUGUCACUGAAACCCCCGAAGGCUUAUAAUUCCCUGCAGAAGGGGGCAGUCAUCUGGGAUCCAAAGCCACUGCAGGUGAAGAAAAUUUUUGAAGCUUUGAAGAAAGGACUUAAUGAAUACUUGGAAGCACAUCAGGCUGAAUUGGAUUAUCUUUCUGGUCGACACAAAGAUACAAAAAGGAACUCCAGAUUGGCUUUCUACUAUGACCUGGAUAAGCAAAUCCGCUCUGUGGAGAGAUACAUCAGAAAACUGGAGUUUCACAUAAGCAAGGUAGAAGAACUCUAUGAAGCUUACUGUAUCCAGUGCAGACUACGAGAUGGGGCCACUAAUAUGAAACAUGCCUUUUCCUUGUCUCCUUCCACCAAAGCCUCCAGAGAGAGCCUUGUGGAGCUUUACAAGAACUUCCAAGAGUGCACAGAGGAUAUGUGCUUUAUAGAAGGGGCAUUGGAGGUCCAUUUGGGAGAGUUUCACUUGAAGAUGAAAGGGUUGGUGGGCUUUGCACGUCUCUGCCCGGGGGACCAGUAUGAGGUCUUUGUGCGACUGGGGCGCCAAAAAUGGAGGUUGAAAGGCAAGAUUGAGACCGAUGACAGCCAAACAUGGGAUGAGGAAGAAAAGAUUUUUAUACCCAAUCUCCAUGAGAAGUUUGAAAUCAAGGUGACAGAGCUGCGAGGACUGGCCACUAUUCUAGUUGGUGUCGUGACAUGUGACAGCGUAAACUUCUUUACAACCAAGCCUCAGGCAAUCAUUGUGGAUAUAACUGAACUGGGCACCAUCAAGCUACAGCUGGAGGUCCUCUGGAACCCCUUUGACACAGAGAACCUGUUUUUGUCACCUGGAACCACUGCCAAGUUUUCUGUGGGUAGCAGGAAGAGCUCGUUAUACAACUGGACCCCACCAAAUACUCCCAGCUUCAGAGAGAAAUACUACUUGUCUGUUUUGCAACAAAGGCAGAACCAAGGGGAUGUGAGUGAUGAAGCUCAGCCUCCCAGCAUAUUGAGCUACUUGGCUGCCUGUGAUUUUGAUGUACGCGGGAGGAGCAAGCCUCACAAUCCUGCAGAGACAAGUGAGGCAGACUCGUUCAGCUCUGAGGACCAGAAAGGGACAGAAUCCAGAAAUACAACUCCAGCUCUAGACCAUAGGACGUUGCCAUUGGUGAUUAUUCAAGAGACUUGUGCAGAAGAGCGACAGCGUCCUCUUCCAAAUCACACAACUCUAGAUAUCCUGAAGAAGACUCCGUGUGUGGAUGGAUUUCCAAAUAACCCACCUAGUCUUCUGCAUUGUCACAAAGGUAGUAGAGAUUCUUUCAACCAGACCAGAAAUUGCCAUCUGACAGAGCAGGAAGAUAUUAGCCAGAGAAGCCUGAAUGCUGCAAACGACCUAAAACUAGAUGGAUGUACAAAGUCGGUUGAUAAGACUCUUCAAGAAGUGCUAAAUUUGCUGAAAUUACAUGAUGUGGGGCAAGCCCAGCUGGGGAAAUUGGAAUACCAGGUUUCAUCUCUGAGGGAUAAAUUAAAGCAGCUAAAGAUGCUUCAUUACAAACAUUCAUCCAUGGAAAGCUUAAUGGUGGAGACAGUACUGGAAAGUUUUGACUUUUUAAAUGCUGACUGUAGUGCUGAUGAGCUUUCGUUAUUUGGAAGCAUAAGAACAGCCAGUAUCAGCACAUACAAUGACAACACGCUUCAGUCCGUGAGCUGUGACAUGAGAACAGAAACAAGAGAUGUAACUACUGGUGAUGACAACUUGGACACACUUUUGAUCACUCACCUGAAGCUGUGCAAAGGUCUUUUACAGAAACUGAGGUCACCAAAUGUAGCCCAGGUUGUCCAGGAGAACAUUCUGGAAGAAGUAUCAGAGCAGACACGAGUCCUGGGGGAUGUCUUGGAUAUGUCUGUUGAAGAAAUUAUUCAGAAGACUAAAAAGAAGAAACACUAUCUGAAAAUCUGGAGUGAUCUUGCAGAGCCUGGCAGCAUCUUGUUUGCUUCAGCAGAAAGAUUCCGUCAUGCACUCAAAUACAUAAUGAUGCUCAAAGUGAAGGAAAAAUACCCUGGUCAAUUAGAAGCAGUGUUGCAGAGGUUGCUAGAGCAGAUCAUCACCUGUGAUGGGUUGCUCCCCUCUCUGUACCUCCAAACAGAACUGGUUACUUUAUUCCAAUUUUGUCACUACCUGGAGGAACACCACAUCACCAGCCUGGAGAAACACUUGGGAAAACUUGCUAAAGAAGUAAUGCUCAUCGAGGAGCUCCAGUGCCCUGGGCGGCUGAAGACUCUUAAAAAAUUGAAAGGAAAGCGACUGAACAAACUCCAACCUCUACCACAGACUUUACGGCUACUUGGGAUUUUGCAGCUGGACGACAACCACCGCGUCAGCAAAGCAGCCACAUCCUGCCUCUGCCGUGCAGCUGCAAACAAGAACUUUAGGGAAAAGGCUCUCAUUUUUUACACUGAUGUUUUAUCUGACUGUGACACAAAACUUCAGCAAGGUGCAUGUUUGGCUCUUAAAAACCUCAGAGGUGUUGAGAGUAUUGAGCAGGUUGCCCACCUGUGCCAGUCUGAAACAGAGGAGGUUAGGAAUGCAGCCAGGGAAACAAUGCUGUCCUUUGGUGAAAAGGGACGGCAAGCCUUUGAGAGAAUGGACAGGAUUUGCUGUGAAUUAAGAGAAGCUGUACAACAAGAGGCUGAAAUAGAAAUCACAGUAUUUUAGUGGUAGAAUAGGAGGAGCUGUAUCAUAUUGUCCUCGCAGCCACAACUGGGUACCUACCUGAGGAUUUUGUUUUGUUGAUCAGUGUCUGGUUUACUUACGCCCUGCUCUGUAAAUGCUGCAUACUGACAGAGAACAAGUUUGUUUCCAAAGCGGGGAGAGUUUGCAGCCUACAUCAAGUAGACUGGAAUAUGUCUCCUCCCUGUCUCUCCACACAUGAUGAAACACCAAGUGCUGGGUGAAUGAAAACUAGGAUCUCUUAGAACAUGUGACCAGGCUGUCACUUGAGUUAUAAUCCCCAUCUCACUGGAAUUAGCUGUCCCUGCUCAAACUGUAAGGCAAAUAGGAUCUACUUUCCCAUAAAGUUUUUGAUUAAUUUGGCCUUUCUCGAAGAGGACAGGAAUGAUCCCUCUCCAACAGUCCAUCUAGAAACUGGCAGGUAACAGAUCAUUUACAACUGCCGUGUACAUUAGAAAAAAACCUAGCAGCAUUGCUUAGUGCUUUUCUAUCCUUGUACAGUUUAGUUGCAGAAGGACAGCUUGCUACUUCAAAAGCCAAUUUCUUCAUAAUCGUUGCAACUUAAGACAGGUUCAAGCAAGGACUGACAAGGAUGUGUACUGAGUGCCUAUACUCAGCAGUUUACAACAGAAAGGGAUGUCUUGGAUUUGCCAUCUGCAGGUCUGACAGACAUAUACAGAGCUGUCUGUAAGUUGGGGUAUUUUUUUGUAUUUUUAAAAAAUUUAUUCAUUUAGUCAUAGAUCAGGACUUCUCAUAAUCAUACACCCCUUGUCAGGCUCCUUACUCAACACUUGGGUAACUCAGUGAGCGUAGCCAUAAAGAGAAGCCUGGUUUUGGGUAAAAUACUUGAAAGGGUUUGGCUUUGUGUGUAUAUAUUUUUAUACAUAUAUAUAUAUAUAUAUAUAUAUAUAAAACUUUUCUGUUUGGUAUUUAUUUGUUGGAUUUCAUACUGUUUUUUAAAAUUUUAAUAAAACAUUUGAGACAAGUUCCUGCAAGUGCUUCAUGCUGAUGUGCUUGUAGCACUGUGGGCAGGUAUAAGGCACUAAAACCCCCUGAGGGAAUUACGAUAUUUAACUGCACCCCUCCUAGCUGAUCUGCGGCUCUGUGCUGUCUAUGAGGGUUCAGGCUUGUGCCAUGCAAACAGGCUGAGCUCCUGCUCUGCUGCUGGCAUUUAGUUUGGAAACAAACAGGCAGCUUGUUUACACAGUUGAAGUCUCUACUAAUGAGCUCUGAGUAGCAGGGCCACUCUGUUUCAGUCAUGCUGUUCUAUAGCAAAGUAAAACUUAAUGGGCUGCUUCUCUGUGCUGUGACUCUGCUUUUAAUUUACAGAUUUAUUUAAAAGCAGGGGAAAGAAGUUCCUUGGUAAAUUCUCUACCUCCCCCAGGUGCCUCUCCCCUACUCCUCCUCUUCAGCACAAGGGGGAAAGGGAAAAGAGAGGGGGGAGCCCAGUCAACUUUGUGCCUGUGCUGGAGCCAGGGGCAUGGUGCUGGCAGUGCCUAAAAACUCACCCCACCUGUGCUAAGACCACUUUACAAAACUACUGAAAAUUCUCUUUCAAGUGCCUUUCUUCCAGGUGUACCUUUCCUUGAAAAUAUGAACAAAAAGGUAAAUCAAUCCAAACACCCCGGGGCCUCAGAUGGCUGCAGCCAUCCAACACCAAGGGGUAACGCUACCCCCUCCCUCCCAAUCCCAGCUUCAUCUUCAGCACAACUGAAACUCCUGCAGAAAAACAGCCGUGCUGGAGAGUUACUACAGUUUCCUGUACUACAUCAAUUCCUGAGCCAAGAUACUCAGACAGUUAAAUUCUAGCGUGAAAGACUAGAGGAGAGAGAUGUGCGCUCGGGGAGAGACACGGGCUACUUGUUUCACUUGUUCUGUUCUAGUGCAGCUCUGACCUACACCACCUCCAGCAGCAUUUAAACCACUUUACAACACAACCCCCAGAGAUCAGGCUAGCCCCCAUUUGCAAAUGGUUCAAAACAGGAGCCAGUAGCUCUGCCCUAGGAAGACAGGAAGCAGUAAGACUCACAUGUACAUUCUUUAAAAAAAGAAUUUUAUUGUUACAACUAAAAUGAGAACUGAAAACUUGUAUGGGAAAUUGAAAAACUGUACAAUUUUACUAUAACCUGGGAGGUCUUUGCAGCGGCUUACACAAAAGACAAGAUACCUGAAAAUGUAUUAUACCAAAACAUUUCGCUUUUUUUUUGUUUUUUUGUUUUUUUUUUUAUUAUUUUUUUAAAAAGUUUAGUCUAUGGCAAUCUGUAAAAAAGAAAGACCUGAUGAGUAAAUAUUUGCUUAAGGCAUAUAGCAGAGCAGCUCACUAACUUUCUAACAAGUUUAACAUGGAUGUUUGUCCAUUUUCCAAGAACAGGUUAACCAAUACACCCACUUUGAAACGCUACUGUAUAUACACACCCGAACUACUACAUACAUAUACAGGACAUCGAAACAAAAAUGUUUACAGUUCAGUAUCCUAAACCUUAUACACACCUCACUGGGCUUGUGGGAUAUUCCACUGUCUAUUCCAGGACAGUGUAAGUAAGUUCUGGAUUUGGAACAGAUGAAAGAAAUGGGUAGGAAGGGGGAUGUUCAAAACUCGAUCAUCUGCAGAAACUUUUUCUUGCUAGAAUAAUUUGCAAGUGAGUUUCUCUGGAUUCAAAGGAAGGAUGCUUUCCUGUCAAGCCUAAAAUCUAAAACAUUCCAUCUUGGGAACACUAUGGAAGUGGGUUUCGUUUCUUUGUUUUUAAACGGGCCACCACAGCAGCAGCCUGGAUUUCUGCAGAUCAGAGCAUGAGCAGAUCUCGCACAGGAGGCUUUCCUCUCCCUCCCGCCGCGCGGCUCUGAAGGCAGCACAGCCAGUCAGACCCCGGAGCCACUGCGCUAGUGCUCGCCUGAAGUGACCGGGGGUGAGGUGUGAAUAGGGCUUACUAAACUCUCUGGAAUGUCUGUACUACACUUACUCAGCUGAAAUGAACCAUGCUCAACAACCGGGUUACACUGAGUACGCAGAAAUUCAAUAGGAAGUCAUGCCAAGUCUUAGGCGAGUACAUGGUAUCUGAUAAACACCAAAUCAGUCUAUCGCUGAACGGAGAUACUUUCAGCAACACCCUUUGAACCACAGCCACUUAAUGAUCAGUUCAUGCAAAUAUAAUUUGGGCACAUCAGGAAGCAGAAAUAUAAGUUCUUUCACCUUUCAAGCACAUGGUAUUUAAUCAGGACACUAGAGGACUUUACAUGCAUUGUAAUACAAACGGGGUACAAACGUUGCCUUAGAACAGUAUUCUACCAGAUGAUGGAGAGGAUAGUGGGGACAAAGCAAUCACAUACUGUAUCUUAAAUACACAGAUGAGCCAUUAUAUAUUACCAUUUUUCUAUACUCAUUUUUCUUGUUUCCAAUAUUAUAACUAAAUAUUGACUGAUUACAACAUUCCUCCUUUCAAGUACUGGUCUGACCAACAGUCUCACAGGUAAAGUAUGGAUUCCCAGUACUACCUGAGGAUUUAUUAUUGUACUUUUGAAAAGCCCUUGAUGCAAGCUUAACAAAACACAAAAUAGAAAUAACUCCCACCCCCACCCCCCACCCAGUUCACCAACUUAUUCACUGAAGAAGAGCUACACCUACAGACAGCUUUGCAAAAAUAAAUACGGAGUGGAGAGAGACUUACAUCAGAUACUCCAUAGCGAUGGUGGUUAAGUGCUAUAAAUCUAGAAAGACUUUAAAAAUAAAAAGAACUGAUUAGUAACACUGUUGCAAGUCAGCUGUCAUGGCUUCCUUUCAAUCACUACAACUUUCAGUAGUGAGUUUACUCCCACCCUCUGCGCCAUGACACAAGCCAAGAAAUCUUUGCUAUUACUGUUUAAACUAUUAAUAAUUUGGUACUAACAAGAGGAACAGCAUUGACUAAGAUGACGAGCGCAAUGCCGACUUCCAGUCACAGUUCCACCAAUGCACCCAAAUCCUUAUUUACAAGCACUUUACAUUAUUCAAGUCCCGGGCCUGCAGAACAGGACCAGGCUGAGCAAAACAACGUAGACACAGCGUGGCACAGGACAAACCCACCCAUCUCGCUUGGCUUGCCUCAGGACAGCGACAACCCGGCUGCAGAGGGGCAAGCCUCCCCCUCUCGCACCACCACGUCGGGUAACUGCCGAAGAGCGUAUCUUCAAGCCGAACUAAAGCCAGUAUUUUAAAUCGUUGCUUUAAAAAAAGCAGAACAGACAAACGCUUGCAUCAUAAGCCAACCGAUACGUUCACCGACCAACACGUCUUCUGUUGAACUUUUUAUGUCUUAAGGAAGCUGCCACGGCAUCAAUUACUCUGGAUUUAUUGAAAUGCUUUCCCGUUCAUUGCCUGCAAUGCCUCCAAGCGUGUUAGCUCUCCGGCCCUUGCAGGAAGCAUGCUAUUCCUUCUGGAGCAGGUGUAGAGUGAAACUGCAUUUUACAUUCCAAAUGAUGAGGUUUCAGAACUGGUCCUUCUGAAUGCCAACUGCACAGCUGAAAAAUGCUGGUGGACAUGUUUUGGUUGAAUCUCCCCUUCCUGUUUCUCUCCCUUCCCUCAAUCUCUCCUAACCCAGAAUAGGAAAGUAAAAACAGCUUUACAAAGGAUGGUGCAAUGUAAAAAGGCAUAUGUGCAAGUAGAGUGCAACAAAAGUCAAUGAGGAGAUACACUUAUUAAAAAAAAAGAAAAAAAAAAUAGAAAAAACAAAGAGCUUGACAUGUUGGGAUACCCUGAGCAAAUGCAGAAGCCUGUUUCUAUAAACACAUGUAAAACAAUAAGCUCUUUAAGAACAGUUAUGCCAAGAUUAAAUAUAUCAAUACCACAGGCACUGCCCACAACUCAGUCUUUAACGAUGAAGCAAGUUAAAAAAAAAAAACAAAAACAAACCAAACCAAACAACCAAC